UAAGAUCUAACCUAAUUGGAAUGUCAUAUGGCUACAGAUACGUUUAUACACAUACAAUUAUUCUGUAGUGCAAUUUUUCAGCAUAGACAAUUGGAACUCGUCAAACAGCUUCUUCCACAGGGACAUGCUCAACACUGCAUCACCUUGUCUUCAAGAAAAUUCUUCCAUGAGUGCAAAACAGAACUGAGUGUAAGACAACAUUAAAAUGAAGUUAUUACCAAAGAAUACAAUACAUUUAAUAUCAAGCAGCCAAGUAAUUACAUCUGUUGUCAGUGUGGUUAAAGAACUUUUGGAGAACUCUCUUGAUGCAGGUGCCACAAGCCUUGAGAUAAAGUUGGAAAACUAUGGUCUUGAUAAAAUUGAGAUCCGUGAUAAUGGCAGAGGUGUAAGUCCAGAAGACACUGAACAUAUGUGUCAACCACACUAUACUUCUAAGAUUAAUAAUCACGCUGAUCUGGAGAUUCUUUCUACAUAUGGUUUCAGAGGAGAGGCAUUACAUAGCAUUUGUGUUGUGUCUGAUGUGGUCAUCAUUACUUGUACAGCUGGGGAGGAAGUUGGAAGAUGGAACAGCUUUGAUCACCAUGGAAACAUGAUUAAUACAAAACCCAUACACCAUACUACAGGUACUACCAUUAUAAUUGAAAAAUUAUUCAAUAAUUUACCGGUACGUAAACAGUAUUACAGCAGUGUAAAGAAAAAGAAAGAAGAAUUGAAAAAAGUUGAAGAUCUCGUUCUGUCAUUCGGAGUGAUUCUCCCUGAAGUGAGGGUCACCCUCCGCCAUGGGAAAGACCUUAUAUGGCAGAAAGCAAAGCUGCCUGAUUACAAAGCGUCACUUGGGAAAGCAGUUGGUAUGAGAUGUGUCAACCAAAUGGAAACGUUCCAUAGAGAGGACUCUAAUACACAGGUAAAGCUAGAUGUAAUGUUGCCAAGGCCAAAGGAGCAAGACUGUAGCAGAGGCUCAUCAGAUAGAUGUUUCAUCUUUGUCAACAACAGGCCAGUUGUUUAUAAGGAUGUAGAAAAGCUCCUGAAAAAGUACUACCAAAUUGGACAAGGGCAAGAUGGAAAAUUUCCUGUGGCAUUUGUCAAUAUUACAGUGCCAUCUAGUGGAGUGGAUGUUAAUCUAGAACCCAAUAAAACUAGAGUUCUCAUUCACAAUAAGGAUUCUGUUAUCACCAUGGUAACAGACAUUCUUGUAGACUUAUAUGGAGAUCUCACUGCCCCAGUCAAACAAUCGACAUCAGCUUAUCUAUCUAGCAAACAGGACAUCGAAGAAAGUAAUGAAGCCCCAUCUAACAUUAUGAAAACUCGGACAACAUAUGAACUCAAUACGGAUGAUGCUAAUGGGAAAAUGAAUUCAACUGGUGCCAAUAUUAUUACUCCUCAUAAACAAUUCCCCUCUUCACAAUCAAUUGAUCAUGGAGAUAUCGUGGAUGACUAUUUUACAGGAAAUGAUGAUACCCCUCGAGUUCAUCAGCAUGGAAAUAAUGGAGACAAUAGAGAUACAUGCAUUAAUACAUACAUUGAAGGGAAAAGUAUUUGUGAAAAUACACUUUCAGCCAGUGAGCACACAGUUGAUAGAGUGAAUGAGAUUGAUGCAAUGACAAAAGUGGCUUCAGAUGCUAUUAGAAAUCAGAAUAACAACAUACAGGAACCUUCCAGUCAGAAACAAUGUAUUGAUAGUGAACAGUUUCUUUAUUCCAAAGACCAGUAUUCUGAUAAUGGUGAUCCACAGAGUACAUGUAAGGAACAGUUUAGUUGUGAAAAUGACAUAGGAGAUCCGUGUGAGAAAUUGGAUGAUAUUAUCAUUCCAACCCAAGCUGCAAAUUUCAACAUAGUGAGUACCCAAGCUUUGGAUGAAUUGGACACUAUUGGAGAACCAAUCCUGACUCAGAUUAAACUGCGUGAGGUUCAUUCUGAAUUUAGUAGUUAUUCUGAUAAUGAGACCAACAAGAACAGUACAGUUAAUGAUAAUAUAUUGCAGGAUAGCGAUGUGGUUGGUAUGGAAGUUCUGGAAAGAAGUGAUGCAGAAACAUGUUCUAUUUUGAGUGAUGAAGCUAAUGUCCAACCUGAUGACAGUGUUCCUUGUGAAAAUAGGACAGAAAUUCACCUAUCUGAUGUUACGUUUGUAGAGACUAGUAAAUCGAAUGAUCAUUCAAAGAGGAGUAUUGAAGGGACUGAUCAUUCUGAGAGUGUACAGGGGACUUAUCUUUCUGAGAGUGUGCAAGGGACUGAGCAUUCUGAGAGUGAACAAGGGACUGAGCAUUCUGCAACAAGUAUCGGAGGAACUGAUCAGUCUGACAUUAAUAAUGAUGAGACUAUAUCUCAAGGCCAGUCAUGGAGUAGAGGCCAGCAGCUCUUAUCCAAGGAUGGAACCCUGAUUCAGCCUGUUGGUAUGCUGACUGGAGGUGGUAAAGACAAUAGCAUGUUGAGUGAUAGACCAGCAUAUAAUCCUUCAACACCACAAAGUACACAUAAACCAAAAACCAACUCCACCCUAACGCCAAGCCAGGAUCAGCCUACAAUGUUUGAAAUGGUUGGAUGGAGCACAAUAAAGCGACCACAGACUGCUUACAUCUGGUUUGCUAAAGAGAUCAGGCCACAGGUUGUAAGAGAUAACCCAGAAGCCUCAUUUCAAGACAUUGCACGCCUUAUGGGUGAAAGGUGGCAGGCACUCUCAAGGGAGGGCAAAGAGAAAUAUGAACACAUGUACACAGAGGAUGUUAAAAGAUAUAAGCUGGAGAUGAGUAACUCUGAGAACAGAAAUAAAGCAAUUGCUAAAGUAAGCAAAAAACAAAGGCUUGUGCAAAGGGAAGUGUCACCCAAGCAACCCCAAAAAGAGGCUAGUCCUCCCCAGAGAGAGGCAACAGCUGAGAUUUCUGUAGAGAGAUUGAAGGAGUUGUAUAAACAUGGCUUUAGAUACAGUCAGACACAGAGCAAACCUGAUGCCUCUUUGAGUUAUUGUGACAGCCCCUUGGAGUUUAAACCAAUAGGGGUGCUGCGUUCCCACCGAGUGUGGAUAGUGGAGCACGAGAGGAACAUUGCUGUACUGAACCAACGCAGAGCAGAGGAGGCCUUCUUGUAUCAUCAACUGCAACAUAACCAUGUACUUCCAAUGGUCCCACUUGAUUCACCCAUUGUGUACAAUAUGAGGGAUUCUGGAGAGGGUAAUGAUCUGAAAGUUUUGGCUCAUCUAAAGAAACAGCAGAACCCACCUGAUCCUGCCAUAUACCUGAUAGACCCUCGACUUAGGUCCAAUGGCCUGGAUGUACGAUGCUACCCAGAUGAGAUUGGAAUAGUAUCAAUCCACCAAAUAUGUGACUGUUUAAAAAACUGUGCUGUGGCAGCAUUAAAGGAAAUAUUAGCAACCAUUAGAGAGAAUCCCUCAGUUACUCUAGCAGAGACAAGACCUACAGUCAUCUCGCAACAUUUACAAAGUGAGGCAGUAAGGAUGGCUAACAAUAGAGUGAUGCCACAUUCUAGAGCUGAUAUUGUGGAGCUGAUGGAACAACUUCAUAGUUUAAGGACUGAUACAUGUCCUCAUAAUAGAAUAUUUUUGCAACAAAUAUAUGAUCUAGAAAGUAUACCACAAACACAGGAAUGAAAUUUGUAUGCGACCUCGAUGGUAUACUUUAAACAAAGGAGUAAAAUAACUAU